AUGGCAGGAGUGGAGCAGAAGCGGCCCUUCCCCACGUUCUCCUACCGCGGCCUGGCUCUCCACCAGCGGCCUCAGCACCUGCUGGGAGGCCCUGCCCACGGGAAGCCAGACGUGGUGAACUCGCACCUGCAGGACGUGACCACCUUGCACCUGCGGGACGCAACUGUCCUGCCGGAGACGGUGGCAGCGUGUUGGGUGUGUAACGGCAAGACCUUCAACCAGGAAAUCAAGCCUGAGCUGAUGGGCCACUACAGGGUGAGUUCUCCAUCACCAAUAAGCCAGCCUGGCAUCGGAGCUGCCCGCUCCUCCUGCUUCAUCCCUCUCACGUAG